AUGGCUGCAGCACCUCCUCUUGCACCUCGUCCUCCUCAGCUGACCUUGGAUGAGAUUCUCAACUCCAAGGUCAACUAUGCUGUCGAGGACGACCCUCUCGAGGUCUGGGACAAGGGCGUCUUCCUGAAUGAGCUUCUCAGACAGGGAAUCGUCCUCAACACAGACAAGACUGGCGCUCUUGACGGCAAGCUUGUUGCACGCAAGGGUCUCCAGACUGGUACCUACAUGGGUACUCGCUUGGCUCUGACUGAGCUUUACAAGAUCCUCGAAGAAGCCGCCGCUUCUCAUUUCGACACCCAAGGAUUUGAGCCUAUCUUUCCCGUCAAGCGUGAUCUCGCUGUCAAGCAGGACACCUACCAAUGGAGCGACCCCAGCGAUGCAUACCCUCCCCAUUUGAACACCCUUCCCAAGGAUGAGCAGCAAAGCGCGGACGGUGGCCCCAGGAAAGACGGCGUAGGACAAAUCUUUAACAUGACAGAGGUUGGCCUCGUCCAAAAGCUUGCUUUCAUGGUCUCGUUCAUUAUUCCCAAAGAACUCUCAUCAACCGAUGGUCCUUACGUCGGACCAACUCUUGCCGACGUUGAGAAGUACAGCAAGGAUAACCAGCCAAAGGCCGACUCUGAUGCUGCUCAGACCGCGAAGCCCAAUGGUGCUGUUGUCAAUGGCGUCAAGCAAAGUCAGAACGCAGACAUUAUGAAGGGCAGAAACAUGGGCGAGCACGAUGAUUGGUACUCUGAUGCCAAGUUUGCGCAGCAGCACUUCAGUGGUGUCAACCCUUCGACUAUCGAGACUGCUCCUGCUGAGAAGAUCAAGGCUUAUAUUGCUGAGGCAGAGAAGCAAGGCCUUGCUGCGGUGAAGAAGUUGCUCGAGGAUGGCAAGGAUAUCUUGAUUCAGGAUUAUUCCUACUUCCGUGAAGCCACUGGCGUCAAGAACGAUGAAGAGUUCAAGAACACGAUCCCCAACCCUGACCCCAACAGCCAGCCCACCUACCGAUACGCUGCUGCCUCAGUCGUUAUCUUUCAGCUCCACGAGGAUGGCCGCCUCCAUCCAUUGGCCAUCACGCUUGACUACAAGGGCUCCCUCGAUAACUCCGUCACCAUCUUCAACCAGAGAUUGAACCCCGAUGAUAAGGGCAAGAUUGCUGAGAAGGACGACUGGCCUUGGAGAUAUGCCAAGACCGUUGCCCAAACGGCUGACUGGGCACGACACGAAGUAGCCACUCAUCUCGUCGACACGCACAUGGUCGAAGAGGCUAUCAUCGUCGCCACCAACCGAACCAUCCCUGAGCGUCACAUUCUCUACGAGAUCCUCAGCCCACAUUGGUUCCGAACCCUUGCUCUUAACGACGCUGCGCGCAAACUUCUCGUGCCCCUCGUCAUCGCUCGUAUCUCUGGUUUCGCCUCUGGACCUAAGCCUGAUCCCAAGGUCGGUGCUUUUGGACUGGUGAACUGGUCGUACAAGAACUUUAACUUCCAGGAUAAGUACAUCCCCAACGAUCUCAAGAAGCGAGGCUUUGACAUUGAGGGCGAGAUGGGUGAUAAGUACCGCAACUAUCCUUAUGCUACUGAUAUGUAUCUCCUCUGGGGUAUUAUCAGGGAGUUUGUCAAGUCUGUUCUUGAGACGAAGUAUACGUCGGAUGAUGUCGUUGCUAAGGAGGCUUGUAUCGCGGACUGGUGCAAGGAGAUUCAGACCAGUGGCCAGAUUCCUUCUUUCCCUACCAUCAAGACUGUUGAUCAGCUCAUUGACGCUGUAACCAUGUGUAUCCACACUGCAUCACCCCAGCACACAGCUGUCAACUAUCUCCAGGACUACUACUACAGCUUCGUCCCCUCCAAGCCCCCCGCGCUCUGCACUCCUCUUCCCAAGACCCUCAGCGAUCUUAAGGGCUACACCGAGCAGCACCUCACCGACGCUCUGCCCAUCGGUCUCAAGGACGCCAAGUGGAAGGAUUGGCUUCUCGCAGCCCAAUUGCCCGAGCUGUUGAGUUUCAAGGUUGAGGAUAGAUACAACCUUAUCACCUACGCCAAGUCGCUGUACAACGUUAACAAGGACCGCACAAUUACUGAGAACAAGGAGUUGAACUCGGAGGCUAUCAAGGAUGCUGCUGAGAUUUUCUAUAGUCGACUUAAGAAUGUGGGUCUGGCGUUUGACUACAUCUCUGCGAUACAGACUCCUGGUUCUAUUGAGUAUCCUGUUCUUCAGCCAGAGGUUACUGCUGUUUCGAUCUUGAUUUAG